AUGGACAUCGACGAAUCAUGUGUAGACUCUGAUCUGGAGCCACAAGAUCAAACAGCUCAGCGGCCAUUAGCGCCUUCGCGAAACAGCCACCGGCUUGCAAGCCUCUCUCCUAACUGCAACGACUGCAGCGAGAACAAGAUCAGCAAUAUCGAGAAGCAACUGCAGCAUGUAAUUGGCAUCCUGGAGCCAUAUGUUUCAGCCUCAUCAGCCAGCGCAGCACCAGCCUCUGAGUCGCCCAGACGCAAGAGACCCUGCAUAGUCAACGAAGGAGAGAGAUCUCAAGCGGCGCCCCGUUUUAAUGCGGCAUUUCCCCUUACACCAUCAACAAACACCUCGUCAACGCCUUUGUCUACUUUUGAGGGCGACUCGUCACUCGCUGCUCAUACAGCCAUGGCCAACAGCCUCCUCGAGACAGCAGUGAGCACGUCAUCCUUGCAACCUCGGAUGGCUGAGGGGAUGGAGAACUUGCGCCAGUUGAUCAGCGUUAAUGGUGAAAUACCUGAUGCCUAUGGGAUGGCAUCUUCACACAACCCAAGACUCGGUUCGAUGCCCAUGUUACCCCACGGCGACAUGUCUAUGCCUCCAAUUCAGGCUGUCUUGACGGUCCUAGACUUGAUGAAAAGUAACCCUCGUUUUGAGUCGAUGGGCUUCCACAUGUUCUUGUCAGCUACAAAGUUCAUGGGAUAUCUAAACAGGGUGUAUACGCCAGGAGAAGUGCCAACACUUGCCGAUUUCAUCAUCGUAAAUGGAGCACUUAUCGAUGUCUUCCUGCGAAGCAUUCUUCUCACCGACGACACUGACAUACGAAGGGACUUUCAGCAGCACAUGAAUCUUUGCGAGGGAAACCUUGAGACUGCAUUGGCCAGACUUCCGGUUCACAUGCCGCAUACGAUAGAUCACAUCACAGCUCUAACCUUUUCUGUAUAUCACGCAAUUAGAUCAUCUCAGACCUCCCUUGCCUGGAGUUUAGUAACUACGGCCAUACAUAUGAGCAUCACUGCCGGUUUUCACCGUGCAUCAUCGGCCAAGAAUGAGUCCAGGCAAGAGACUAAUCAGAAAGCAUGGCUCUUUUGGUCACUUUACAGUGUUGAGAAGGGUCUCUCCUUACGACUCGGCCGGCCCUCAUCCAUCUUGGAUUACGACAUCACAGUACCACUGCCGCAACACGACGAUCCAGGAAUCACCGCAUACACGUCAACCUUCACCCGGUGGAUCAGGUUGUCCAUAGUACAGGGCAAGAUCUACAAGAUGCUGUAUAGCCCUGCAGCACUAGCUGAGACCCCGGAAAGAAGAGCAACCUGGGCCCGUUCACUUGUCGAGGAAACAAAAAAGAUUUACAAGGAAGUAGACAAAAUAAGCACUCCAACGAGCAACAACAGGUGGAAGACAGCGUCAGGAAACGAGACGGAGCUUUCCUUCUUCUCCGAAAAUGUCCUGUUCUAUUCCACUUUGACUCUGAUACUGAAGUCCCUUCCUCCAGAUGAAGGUUCGACACAUCAUUUUGCAUCAGAGUGUAUCACGACCGCAAGAAUUGCUCUUGAGAAGCAUCAAGAAUACUGCAAGGCUCUAGGGCCCGAUAGUGGUAGACACAUCGACGUCUAUGUCAAUUGGACGAUUUUGUAUAACCCGUUCGUCCCUUUUAUCGCCAUCUUCUGCCAUGUGAUAGAAUCGGGAGACGUGCAAGAUCUCAACCGGCUACAGGCAUUCGUUACCUCUCUAGAAUCUGCACGCAUGUAUUCGCAGGCCACAGCAAACAUCCACCGCCAGUUUCAAGCCCUUUACAACAUCGCGCAACAGUUCACAGAGAUACGCACAUCGAAUGAGCUUCUCAACGAUGAGGCCAUCACUGAGUUUGACGAGUAUAUACAGGCGUUGGGUAUUUUCCCAUCCCGAAUGACAUAUAAUGAUAGCCUUGGACUUCUACCCAGCGCUGAAGCGGAUGACAUGGAACUCAAUGGCUGGGGCUGGUCUCAGGCUAGAUAA